UAACGAUUUCCCGGAAUGACCGCCUCGAGCGGCGUGGCCGGCAGCAGCCCGCUGCCGAAGUGGCAGCUCGCCCUGGUGGUCGGGGCGCCGGUCGCCCUGGGCCUGGGCUACAUGUACUACAGGAACAGGAGCAGCAGCAACGUCGACAAGCCGGAACGCGACAAGUUCAGGAGCGGCGCGGCCAAGGAGAACGGCGCGCCGGCCGACAAGCAGAUCUCCAUCGACGGCGACUGGCCACCCAAAGUGCCUUCUUCCGCGACCGAGCCGGAGAAUCCUUUACAAAAGGCGCAGAAAUAUAAGAAUGCGGGAAAUGUAUAUUUCAAAAUGGGAAAAUAUGAUGAAGCUAUUGCUCGAUAUAAUAAAGCAAUCGACGUUUGUCCAAAGGAGAAAGCGGAGGACCUCGCAACUUUUUAUCAAAAUAGAGCGGCUGCGUACGAGCAAUUGAAAAAAUAUAGUGCUGUUAAGGCAGACUGUACAAAAGCGUUAGAACUAAAUCCAAGAUAUGUGAAAGCUUUGCUACGACGGGGUCGUGCUUUGGAGCAAAUGGACGAGCUGGAAGCCGCCUUGGAUGACGUAACCACCGCGUGUAUUUACGAAGGCUUUUCGAAUCAAACCUCCCUUUCAAUGGCGGACAAGGUCUUGGAGAAACUUGGGAGACAACACGCCCAGGAAAAUUUGGCAAACAAAAAGUUCAUAAUGCCAAGUAAGCACUUCAUCAAAACGUACAUUAUAUCUUUCCCCGUGGAUCCAGUAUUUUCUAGACUUCAACAUCCAGAAAAUAUUCCCGAAUUUUUGAAGAAACCGUUGGAAGCGUUGAAAAACACGGAUUACGACGACAUAAUACCGCUGUGCACGGAAGUGAUUAAAAGACCCGAAUUCGAUACGUUACCUUCGUCUAGACUAGAGGUGCUACUAUUACGAGCUACAUUUUACUUACUCUUGGGCGAGCACGACGCUGCAAUCCAGGAUUUCGAAAGUCUACUGAACAACGAAGACGCGUCCGAUAACGUGAGGAUAAACGCCCUGAUAAAGAGAGCGGCCUUAUACAUGCAACUCGAGAAUCCCGAAAUGACCUUUAAGGACUUUGAAUUAGCCAUUAGUAUGAAUCCAACUCACAGCGAUAUCUACCAUCACAGAGGACAGGUAAAUUUGCUCAUGAACAGAAUGGACGAAGCUAAACGCGAUUUUGAUAAGGCCGUUGAAUACAAUCCGAACUUCGGCAUAGCGUACGUACAAAAAUGUUACACGGAUUACCGUUUCGCGAUGGUCAAUAGAGAUGUAGAAUUAGCCGAGGCGGCUGUGAAAGAUUUUGAGAGAGCUUUCGAAAAGUAUCCAAAUCCUCCCGAAUGUAUAUAUUGUUAUAUAUUGUACGCUCAGAUAAUGUCCGAAACUCAGCAGUACCAAAAGGCUGAUACUUAUUUUGCUAAAGCAAUAGAGAAAGACCCGGAGAACGCAACUGUCUACGUGCAUAGAGGCCUACUGCAAUUGCAGUGGAAUGCUAAUGUCGAUAAAACUGUGGAAUUGAUAAACAAGGCGUUAGAAUUGGAUGAGAAAUGCGAGCUUGCGUAUGAAUCGUUAGGAAGUAUCGAAGUACAAAGAGGGAACAUAGAGGAAGCAAUAAAAUUAUUUGACAAGGCUUUAGAAUUAUGUCGUACAUUCAUGGAACUGACACAUUUAUACGGCUUGAGAGACGCUGCAAAAACACAACUUAACAUAAAGAAUCGAUUAGGUAUGGACGUCAUUCGAUCGUCCUCUCGACUCAUCCCGAAUUCUAUGUUCUAAAUUACUAAGAAAUUUAAAAAGCAAAAUAAAAGACCACUGUUACUAAACUGCAAGUAAUUUUGUGUUAGCAUGUCAAUCUUAAACACGAUAUACAUACAGGGUAUCCCAAAAACUGAAGUAUGCAUUAUUAUAUAGUAUCGUAUUAUUUCAUGUUGAAAGAUUAAGUUUUGUAACAACACAUUAUUUCUAAUUGCAUUUGAUCUAUACAAAAAAAAGUUAGCGAUAUAAUGUAUUAGUUAUUGUCAAAGCUUUAAAAUAUUUGUUAGCAACUGAAGUUUUUCAACGAUUAUUUUUAGAAUUGCUCAAGUUUACUUUGUAAGAUUUUGCUUUGUAAGUGUUUGCGCAAAUAUUAAAAUUUGUUGUAUAUCAUUUAA